AUGCUGCAAGACAAAGUCGCCGUGGUAACCGGCGCGGGCCGGGGCAUCGGCCGCGACAUCGCACUGAUGAUGGCGGCGCAAGGCGCCAAGGUGGUGGUCAACGACAUCGGCGCCUCGGUCGGCGGCGAAGGCAAUGACGCCAGCCACGGCCAGCAGGUGGUCAACGAGAUCAAGGCCGCUGGCGGCCAGGCCGUUCUCAGCACCGACAGCGUCUCGACCUGGCCCACGGCCAACCGCAUCAUCGAAUGCGCGGCCGACACCUUCGGGCGCAUCGACAUCGUCGUCAACAACGCCGGCAUCCUGCGCGACCGCCUGUUCUUCAACAUGUCGCCCGAGGAGUGGAGCGCCGUCAUCGACGUGCACCUCAACGGCAGCUUCUUCACUUCGCGCGCCGCCGCCCCGCACUUCAAGACGCAGAAGUCGGGUGCCUAUGUGCACAUGACUUCCACGUCCGGCCUGAUCGGCAACCUGGGCCAGGCCAACUACGCCGCUGCCAAGCUGGGCAUCGUGGCCAUGUCGCGCCACAUCGCCGGCGACAUGCAACGCUACAACAUUGCGCCCAUGGCCACCUUCCUGGCCAGCGAUGCCGCAGCCGACGUCACGGCCCAGAUCUUCGCCGUGCGCGGCAACGAGAUUUUCCUCAUGAGCCAGUCGCGCCCGAUCCGCGGCAUGCACACCGCCGAGGGCUGGACACCCGAGACCAUCGCCGAGCGCGUGUUGCCCGCCAUGAAGCAGAACUUCUAUCCGCUGGAGAGCUCGAACAUCGUGUUCUCCUGGGAUCCCGUCUGA